CUAUCGUGGAUGAUGAAAGACUCUCUGCGGAGGAGAUGGAUGAGAGGCGGCGGCAGAACAUCGCUUAUGAAUAUUUGUGCCACUUAGAGGAAGCCAAAAGGUGGAUGGAGGUCUGCUUAGUGGAAGAGUUGCCCCCGACCACCGAACUGGAAGAAGGACUCAGGAAUGGAGUUUACCUUGCGAAGUUGGCCAAGUUCUUUGCCCCUAAAAUGGUAUCGGACAAAAAGAUCUAUGACGUCGAGCAGACGCGCUAUAAGCGGUCCGGUCUUCAUUUCCGACACACGGAUAAUACUGUCCAGUGGUUAAGAGCGAUGGAGUCUAUUGGUCUACCUAAGAUAUUUUAUCCAGAAACCACAGAUGUCUAUGAUCGGAAAAACAUACCAAGAAUGAUCUAUUGCAUUCAUGCACUGAGUUUGUACCUGUUCAAACUGGGAAUCGCACCCCAGAUCCAGGAUUUGCUGGGCAAAGUAGACUUCACAGAGGAAGAAAUCAGUAAUAUGCGAAAGGAACUUGAGAAAUAUGGAAUACAGAUGCCAUCUUUCAGCAAAAUAGGAGGUAUUCUGGCCAAUGAACUGUCCGUGGAUGAAGCUGCUUUGCAUGCCGCCGUUAUAGCCAUUAACGAAGCCAUUGAGAAAGGAAUCGCCAAGCAGACCGUCGUAACGCUAAGAAACCCAAACGCGGUUUUAACUUUAGUGGAUGACCACCUGGCACAAGAAUAUCAGAAGGAACUCUGGGAAGCCAAAAAGAGAAAAGAGGAAAAUGCAAAGCUGAAGAAUAGCUGUAUUUCGGAAGAGGAACGAGAUGCGUAUGAAGAAUUGCUGACUCAAGCAGAAAUCCAAGGCACCAUCAAUGCGGUCAACAGGCUAGCUGCGGUGGACCACAUCAAUGCUGUCAUCAGGAAAGGCGACCCGGAGGAGACGCUGAUUGCUCUGGAGAAGCCCGAGGCCCAGCUCCCUGCUGUCUAUCCCUUUGCGGCUGCUAUGUACCAGCAUGAGCUCUUCAACCUGCAGAGUCAGAAUGCCAUGAACUACCUGGCCCACGAAGAGCUGUUGAUUGCAGUGGAAAUGUUGUCUGCUGUUGCUUUACUGAACCAAGCCUUGGACACCAACGACCUCGUGUCUGUGCAGAAUCAACUCAGAAGCCCAACGAUCGGCUUCAACAAUGUGGACGAGGCGUGUGUGGCACGCUAUGCAAAUGCACUACUGGCCCUUAAACUUGAAGCCUUAGCCCAAGGGCAAGAUAGCCUAAGCUGGAAUGAAAUUCAGAAUUGUAUUGACAUGGUUAAUUUCCAGAUACAGGAAGAAAAUGACAGAAUUGUAGCUGUGGGCUUCAUCAAUGAGGCUAUUGAUGAGGGGAAUCCAUUGAAAACGUUAGACACCUUGCUGCUCCCUACUUCAAAGAUUAGAAAUGUCAACCCCGACUAUGCUCAGCACUACCAGGAUGUCCUGUCGCAGGCGAAAUUGCAGAAAUUCAAGGACUCUGAGUCGGCCUCGAAUAUUCUCUGGCUGGAGGAGAUACAGCAAGCGAUCGAUGAGGCCAACAUGAACAAGGACAGAGCACAAAAAUGGGUUAGUCUGGUCAUUGAUGUUAACCAGUUUUUGGAGGGAGAAAGAGCAAGGGAUAUUGUAUCUGUGUUGACAUCGUCCAGUCAAAAUCCAAAUGACAUAAUCCCCGAGUGUGCUGACAAGUACUAUGAUGCUCUUCUGAAGGCCAAAGAAGACAAAUCUAGAAACGUGUCUAAUGAAGGCCCGUGGCUCAAAUUCAUCCUGCAGGACAAAUAUGAGUUUUAUUACAACCUGGAUUCGAAAGAGAGUUCCUGGGAAAUGCCUGAAGCAUGCUCCCUUAAAGAAUCAUGGCUCACAGGACAAGAGAUUGAGGACAUCACUUCGGAAAUUACAGCAAAGUACAUCCGUGAGAACAUCUGGUCUGCCCCGGAAGACUUGAUCCUUCGGUUUAAACACACCAAUGUCGGACCCCGCCUCAGUGAAGAGUUUGAAAUGAGGAAACUGUUCUUGUACGAUCAAGAAGCGUCUGUGAUCAAAAUACAGGCUUUUUGGAAGGGUUAUAAACAACACAAAGCGUAUACUGACAUGAAGAGAAUGUUUGCUGAUAAUCUUGAUUCUGUUGUGAAGAUUCAGUCCUGGUUCCGAAUGUUAGCAGCAAGAAAGAGCUACCUUUCACGACUACAGUAUUUCGAGGACCAUAAAAACGAAAUUGUGAAAAUUCAGUCGCUGCUGAGAGCAAACAAAGCUAGAGAUGACUACAAAACGUUGGUUGGUUCUGAAAACCCACCAUUGACCGUCAUUCGCAAGUUUGUACACCUGUUGGACCAAAGCGACUUAGAUUUCCAAGAGGAGCUGGAGGUGGCACAAUUAAGGGGAGAAGUGGUGACCAAGAUCAGAGCCAACCAGCAGCUGGAGAAAGACCUCAACCUAAUGGACAUCAAGAUCGGCCUCCUGGUGAAGAACAGGAUUACCCUGCAGGACGUCAUUUCACACAGCAAGAAGCUGGAUAAGAAAAAAGGAGGAGAAAUGCAAAUAUUGAAUAGCACUGACAACCAGGGAAUCAAAAGUUUGAGUAAGGAAAGGAGAAAAACACUAGAAACAUACCAGCAACUGUUUUACCUUUUGCAGACCCAUCCUUUGUACCUGGCCAAGCUGAUCUUCCAGAUGCCGCAGAACAGGUCGACCAAAUUUAUGGACACUGUCAUUUUCACGCUGUAUAACUAUGCUUCUAACCAACGAGAAGAGUAUCUGCUCCUCAAGCUUUUCAAAACGGCUCUGGAGGAAGAAAUCAAAUCCAAGGUGGACCAGGUGCAGGAAAUAGUCACUGGAAACCCGACGGUCAUCAAGAUGGUCGUCAGCUUCAACAGAGGUGCCCGUGGGCAGAACACCCUGCGCCAACUGCUGGCCCCCGUGGUGAAGGAGAUCAUCAAUGACAAAUCCCUGAUCAUCAACACGAGCCCAGUAGAGGUGUACAAGGCUUGGGUGAACCAGCUAGAAACACAGACUGGAGAGGCCAGCAAGCUGCCUUACGAUGUGACCACAGAACAAGCUUUAACCUAUCCAGAGGUGAAGAAUAAACUCGAAGCAUCCAUCGAGAACUUGAGACGGGUCACUGACAAAGUCCUGAACUCCAUCAUUUCUUCCCUUGAUGUACUACCUUAUGGAUUGAGGUAUAUAGCCAAAGUACUGAAGAAUUCCAUCCAUGAGAAAUUUCCCGAUGCAACAGAAGAUGAGCUAUUAAAGAUCGUCGGGAACCUGCUGUACUAUCGCUACAUGAACCCGGCCAUCGUGGCCCCUGACGGCUUUGAUAUCAUCGACGUGGCAGCAGGCGGCCAGGUCACUCCUGACCAGAGGAGGAACUUGGGAUCGGUGGCCAAGGUUCUCCAGCACGCGGCCUCCAACAAGCUGUUUGAAGGCGAGAAUGAGCACCUCUCCUCUAUGAACAAUUACCUGGCAGAGACUUACCAUGAAUUCAGGUGAGAAUUCAAAAAGACCUCAAAUAUGAUCCAAGAGAGAGAAGGCUUUUUUGUUAAAAAAAAAACAAAACUAACAAUAACAAAGUCAAACAUCAAAAUCUCAAUCGAAAACCAUGUCUCUCGUGUGUGUGCUGUCUUCUCCAUGCAGCUCCUGCUGGAGCACCAGGACGCAAUUGCCCCAGAGAAGCAUGACUCGCUGAACGAACUCUUGGAGUUGCUGGGAGAGGUACCCAAUGUGGAAGCUUUUCUCGGCGAAGGAGCAGUUGACCGCAAUGACCCUAACAAGGAAAGCACACUAAGUCAGCUCUCCAAGACGGAGAUUUCCCUGUCCUUGACCAGCAAGUACGACGGACAGGAUGGGGAAGCCAUAGACGGGCAAAGUCUCAUGAUAAAGACUAAGAAGCUGAUCAUUGAUGUGAUCCGGAGCCAGCCAGGGAACACACUGACAGAAAUCUUGGAAACACCAGCAACUCCACAGCAGGAACUAAAUCACUCCAAAGACAUGUUGAGCCGUGCCAUUAAGGAUUCCAGAACUCCUGAAGAAAUGAAGCAUAGCCAGUCCAUGAUUGAAGAUGCCCAACUGCCUCUGGAGCAGAAGAAGAGGAAAAUCCAGAGGAAUCUCCGGACACUGGAACAGAGUGGACACGUGUCGUCCAAAAAUAAAUACCAGGAUGUUCUCAACGAGAUCGCCAAGGAUAUUCGGAAUCAACGAAUCUACCGCAAGCUUCGAAAAGCUGAAUUGUCAAAACUUCAGCAGACCUUGAGAGCGCUUAACGAGAAGUCAUCCUUUUUUGCAGAACAAAUUAAUUAUUACGACACCUACAUAAGGACUUGCUUAGACAACCUAAACAGAAAGAAUACUCGGCGAUCGAUUAAGCUCGAUGGAAAAGGAGAAGCCAAAGGGCCGAAGCGGGCGAAGCUGGUGAAGUACACCGCAGCCAGGCUGCAGGAGAAGGGGGUCCUGCUGAGCAUAGACGAGGUCCAGACCAGCCAGUUUAAGAAUGUCACAUUUGAUAUCAUGUCCACUGAAGACGUGGGCAUCUUCGACGUCAGAGCAAAGUUCCUGGGGGUUGAGAUGGACAAGGUGCAGCUCAAUAUUCAGGAUCUUCUUCAGAUGCAGUAUGAAGGAGUGGCUGUAAUGAAAAUGCUGGAUAAGGUUAAAGUGAAUGUGAACCUUCUUAUUUUCCUGCUCAACAAGAAAUUCUAUGGAAAGUGAAGUGCCUGCAGAAUGUUCAUGGCUUCCGGAUUACCUGGAUUGGGAAAUGCAUUUGUUUAUUAUUUUUGUUUUUAAAACAUGCUUGAAAUCACUGCUUAUAAAUGUGUGAUUUUUUUGUAAGACCAAAACUGUUCCGAAGAAUGUACCCACGUGCCUUUUUGAUAAUUUGAGACUACAGUAGAAUGCUACACAAAAUGAAUUCAUGGAAACACUUCCACACUAGACUGUGGCCUAGGUACUCUGAUUUAAAACCUCUGGACAUUCUGUGAUCUGGUUGAUGUCCACAGUGGGAAGAAGGUAGCUUUACCUGACUAGGGACAAAUGUGUAAACCUAUUUUCCUAUGAGAGAUUUUUAAAUACCCCACUGAAAUGAUGUAAUUCUUCACAGAUUUCUUUUUCAUCUGUGGAGAAGUAGAAGCCUACUUAUUUGUAAUGAAUUAUUUAGGCAGAUCCUUAGUUCUAAGCUCUGUCUCCUGAGAGUUGUCGAUUUUAAAGAGAACUUUUGUGCAAUUCAAAGUGAUGUUUUUAUAAGUAAUCAAAAGUGACGAUACAGUAACACUUCCGUAUGAAAGUAUAUAUUUUAUGUGAUUUAUUCCUACUAAAUGAAAGUGCACUACUGCCUCCUGGUAAGGACUCUUGCACCCAGAGCCUUUAAAUGCCUAAAAACAAUGUGGACAGCAGUCACAGCCCCCCACCUCCCCUCUCACAAUUUAUUUGAAUACUUCAAUUGUGCCUCUCAAUUUUUUUUGUAAUGCAAUAAAAUCAUUAUCUAAAUGGUUUUUAAAUGUAUUCUUUGGAAAUUGUUUUAUGUAAAAUAAAUGUUACUUAAUUACAUUAA